UCACAAAAACUAAAACUCUGGAACAACUUCCCCGAAUCUUCACCCCAAAUAAAACGAAAACAAACGGUUAUGCGCAACAGGCGCUAACGAGAGAGGCGCAGGACUCGCGCACAAGAGAUAACUGGAGAAGAGGGAGACUUCUCCUAUCGUCUGCUGUCCCUCCAACAAUCGACCCCUUGCCACCGUACGCGCCGCAAACCCCUCUGGCUUUUCCACCUGGGAGGAUCUUUCACUGCAUUACCGUCUGAUGAAUCCUUUUAAUGAUGUCCGGCUGAAAACUUCCGGAUGUCGACAUGCUGAAUCUACCGCGUUAAGUUCCGACUCUGUAGACUAAAGAAAUCUGCUAUAAAACUAAAAGAUCAAGAUAGCUUUUUCCGAAUGCCCUUCUGCUAUGCUGCUCCAUUUCUUCAUACUUUUAUUCAUGUCUUUCCAUGUGACGCACGCUGCUUUGCAAGUUGGUUCUGCAAGUAUCCAGGAUUUGGAUAAUCGAUGCCCUCAUGGACAAUUCCCCUGCAACAGCAGCGACACCUGUGUGGAACAGAGGAAGAACUGCGACGGGCACAAUGACUGUGAGGAUGGGUCAGAUGAAAUGGGAUGCGAGGAUCCCAGCAGAAAGGAAUUUUACAACAAUAUGUUUAUGAAGCGUCCAGAUGAGGAUAGAGAAAAAAGAGUUGAAGGAUGUGAACUUGAAGAAACGCCCAAUCCUUGUCGAUGCUCUGGGUUCAAACUUUUCUGUGAUCACCUGAAUCUGAGUGAACCGCCAGUAAACCUUCCAGAAAAUUUACAAGAACUAGAUUUAUCAGGAAACAAUUUGGAUAUUUUGAAACCAUCGCACUUCAAACCAAAUGAGCACCUGGAAGUUUUAAUACUCAAAGGAUCGGAAGUGAAUUUAGUCAGUAAAGAUGCUUUCAUAAAUUUACCCAAUCUUCGAACACUAUAUUUAACGAAGAACAGCAUAAGUGCCAUCAUCGAUGGCAGUAUGGCGACGAAUAAGCACCUCACAUAUUUGGAGCUUUCAUACAAUCCACUUCGAACAAUUGCUCCUGGUGCUUUUGAAGGUCUGAUCAAUCUUCAACGAUUAGACCUCAGGAAUUGCUGUUUGCGCAGUCUUCAUUUGGGUGUCUUCGAUAGUCUAGUCAAUCUCAAGAUAUUAUUCCUCGACGAUAACAAACUCAACAAUAUUCCAGAAAAUCUUUUCCAGAGACUUGAAAAUUUAGAAAUGCUUUCAUUAUCCAGAAACGAGCUGACUUCAUCGCAUAUGGCUAGCUGGUUUGGUCUACAAAAACUUAAAAGUUUAGCCAUAUCACAAAAUCUCAUAACGGAACUUGAUGGAACAUCGUUUGGUAACAUGUCGCAUCUACAUAAGUUAGAUCUUCAUGAAAAUAGAAUAAAAACAAUCCAGAUAGAAACUUUUGUAGGGCUGCCAAAUCUGCAAUCACUGAACUUGAAAAUGAAAGAACUUAAGAAGCUUACUAAAGCAGUGUUCAAACCACUAGGUUCUUUAGAAUACAUCUAUUUUGACGAUUUUCAUCUCUGUUCCUUGGCUCUUCAUGUCCGCGUGUGCGAGCCUCGUGGUGAUGGCAUCAGCAGCAUCGCCCACCUGCUGGACAGUGUGGUGCUGCGUGUCAGUGUGUGGGGCGUGGCGGUGGUGGCGGGGCUCGGCAACCUGGCAGUGCUCGUGGGUCGUCUGCUGCUGUCCGAGCCCAACGAGGUCCAUUCCUUCUACAUCAAGAACUUGUCGCUGGCCGACUUGUUGAUGGCUGCUUACUUGUUCGUCAUCGCUGGAUACGAUCUGGCCUUCCGUGGAGAGUACAUUCAUCAUGAAGCUAGAUGGAGGCACAGCUGGCAGUGCAGUCUGUGUGGAUUCCUUUCCACACUGAGCAGCGAGGCUUCCAUUCUAAUUCUAGCUGUCAUCACUACUGACAGAUACAUGUCCAUCAUCUAUCCCUUAUCAGUCAAGAAGCGCACAUUGCAGUCAGCUGCCGCAGCUAUGGGCACCGCUUGGGGUGUUGCGGCCUUGUUUUCUGCCCUUCCUCUGCUCAACAUAGAAUAUUACGGGGAUGAAUUCUACGGGAAUAACGGGGUUUGCUUGCCUCUGCACAUACACGAUCCUUUCGGACAAGCUUGGGAAUACUCCACAUUCUUAUUCUGUGGUCUCAAUUUCGCAGCAUUCUUAUUCAUUCUGUUUGCAUACAUCUCCAUGUUUUUCACCAUCAGCCAUUCAAAGAUUGGACUUCGAUGCACUCAGCAGCAGCAGGAUCGAAACAUUGCAAAGAGAUUCGCUUUCAUAGUUGCCACAGAUUUCUUAUGUUGGGUGCCCAUUGUAUUCAUCAAAGUUAUCGCAAUGGGAGGCGUUCCAAUACAGGAAGAUUUAUAUGCUUGGGUGGCAGUGUUUUUGCUGCCAGUGAAUUCCGCCAUCAAUCCUGUUCUCUACACAUUGACGACUAAACUAUUCAAGCAGCAUUUGGCAAAGAUGGUGUAUAACUUUAAGAACUCCACGGGAGACAGUGUGACUCCAUCUUGUGCGAGGAAUCACAGUUUACGAAGUCAAAAAGGUUCCUUCAGUCAGGCGGAUCAUAACAACAUUGCCCUUGUAAUGAACAGAAACUGUUUCGAAUGUCGACAUUCUAAUGGUGCCAGACAAAAAGGUUCCUCCGACUUCGGUGCCUGCAGACGACAUUCGAGCAAGAGAACGACAGUAACGAAUGUUGUCUGAUCAGCUCACAUUGCAGUUCAACAAGUGUCAUAUUUUAAUCCGAGAAUUGAACCAUCCAUCAUUCUCUUGUGGCAACAACACGAAAAUCGUUUUCGUCGCUUUUUGCGGGAACCCUGGACUAAAUAUACUUGCCGCUGUAAAGCUGCGUUAUAUACCGGUGAAGGACAAUGUAUUUUGAUGGAUUAAUGGCAUUGAUGUGCAGUUUCAUCUUUAUUGUAAAUAAGUCACUGUAAAAAUUGAAAAAAUAAUUGAUGUAUUAAAUUUUUUCGUGG